UUGGUGACACUGCAUACAGAUGUAGGUGAUAUUAAAAUCGAAGUCUUCUGUGAGAGGACACCCAAAACAUGUGAAAAUUUCUUGGCUCUUUGUGCCAGUAAUUACUACAAUGGCUGUAUAUUUCAUACAAAUAUCAAGGGUUUCAUGGUUCAAACAGGAGAUCCAACAGGUACUGGAAGAGGAGGUAGCAGUAUCUGGGGCAAGAAAUUUGAAGAUGAAUACAGUGAAUAUCUUAAGCACAACGUUAGAGGUGUUGUACCUAUGGCUAAUAAUGGCCCAAACACCAAUGGAUCUCAGUUCUUCAUCACCUAUGGGAAGCAGCCACAUCUGGACAUGAAAUACACAGUAUUUGGAAAGGUAAUAGAUGGUCUGGAGACUCUAGAUGAAUUGGAGAAGUUACCAGUAAAUGAGAAGACAUAUCGACCUCUUAAUGAUGUACACAUUAAGGACAUAACUAUUCAUGCCAACCCAUUUGCUCAGUAGCUAUAAUAGACCUGGACAAAUACUUGGCAAACUAUUCAAGGAACACACCUAUUAUGGUUUACCCAGUUUUAAUUAUGUCAGAGAUUGCAUCAUUAUACAACUUGUUUACAACUAAGAUCUACUUGUUUACAGCUAAGAUCUUCUAUGAGUUGGUGGUACCAAGGGAAGCCAAACAGCUUUUACUCCUAUUCUUAGAGGGUAUUCUUUACUGUAACUAUUACCUAAUGCAUUUCUUUAAUUUUUUUUAAAAACCUUAUGUUUAAUUUUGUUUUUCCAUAUAAAUAUUCAUUUAAAAAUGCUGAGUCUCAAAUCCAGGCAUUGUUGAGCACCCUAAUUACAUGCUCCUACCAUAUGUAGUCCACAUCCUGGAAAUAUUAUUUUCUAUUAAUUAUUUACUUUAUACAGUUAGAAAGAGGAAGGACAAAUAAAGAGAUGGCCUAGAAAGGCCGGUCAAAAAAAAAAAAAAAAAAAA